UCACCGGGGGAACGAUGACCGUUGUCUUCUCUCCGCCGCUGUAGCUCACGUUAACGUACGCAGUGCCGCGAGCGCCUUCAGCCGCAACAAACGGACGAAGUGUCCGGCGGAACACAACAACUUGGGAGGACGCCUCACUCAUCUUUUGUUUCUUUGGGUGGAGAAAGAGCCCCACGGGGGUUUUCGGGCCAGUUGGUGACGACGAGCUGCGUAUUAACGUUACUGCUUCUCGCCAGAACAAAGUCUUCUACGGGCGGGUAACGGAUGCGAGGGGACGUCUGCAUCCACCGUAGACCGUGUUCAUUUAACGGCAGCGGGUUUACGAUGACCCGGGACAAAGAGCCGUUCUCCGGACCAGCCAAAGCGGUGUCGAGGGCUAUGCUAGGUUAGGAACUAUUAUGAAAGCUAACGUACUAACGUUGCGUUAUCCAAGCGGCUGCUUCUGACUCCCGGGACACGAGUACCGCUCCGAAGACCGCCACUAAAGUCUCUCCGACUGCGCGAGCAACGAUACUCUGGAGUUCCUUUGUCGACUUUGUCAUCGAAGGACCGUAGGCAUUAGCAUGUCGUUUUUUAAUUUCCGUAAAAUAUUUAAGCUCGGAGCCGAGAAGAAGAAGAAACAGUACGAGCACGUGCGCAGAGACGAGAAUCCGGAGGAAGUAUGGGACAUAAUCGGUGAAUUGGGAGAUGGAGCCUUUGGGAAAGUGUUCAAGGCCCAAAACAAACAGACGGGAACUCUGGCUGCAGCCAAAGUUAUCGACACAAAGACCGAGGAGGAGCUGGAAGACUACAUGGUGGAGAUUGAAAUCCUGGCCUCCUGCGACCACCCAAACAUCGUCAAACUGCUCGACGCUUUCUAUUAUGAGAGCAAACUGUGGAUCCUCAUUGAGUUCUGUGCAGGAGGGGCUGUGGAUGCAGUCAUGCUUGAGCUGGAGAGACCUCUGACCGAGCCUCAGAUCAGGGUGGUGUGUCAGCAGACUCUGCUGGCCCUCGUCUACCUCCACGACAACAAAAUCAUCCACAGAGACCUGAAGGCUGGAAACAUCCUGCUCACGCUGGACGGGGACGUCAAGCUGGCCGACUUCGGUGUGUCUGCCAAAAACACCAAAACCCUGCAGAGGAGAGACUCUUUCAUUGGGACGCCUUACUGGAUGGCUCCCGAGGUGGUGAUGUGCGAGACGUCCAAGGACCGUCCCUACGACUACAAGGCGGAUGUCUGGUCCCUCGGGGUCACGUUGAUCGAGCUGGCACAGGUUGAGCCGCCCAAUCACGAGAUGAACCCCAUGAGAGUCCUGCUGAAAAUAGCCAAGGCGGAUCCUCCGACCCUGAUGCAGCCGUCCCGCUGGUCCCCAGAAUUCAGUGACUUCUUAAAGCGCUGUUUGGACAAGCAUGUGGACAACAGAUGGAGCCCCACACAGCUGCUGCAGCAUUCAUUUGUGUCCAGCGUGACUGACAGCCGGCCUCUGAGGGAGCUCAUCGCUGAGGCAAAGGCCGAGGUCACAGAGGAGAUUGAAGACCACAAAGAGGAAGAAGAGGAGGACGAGACGGAAGCACACCUGGGCCACAAACGAGCCCCCUCCAACGUCAGCCUCGCCAGCUCAGAGGACGAGAAGAUCCCCGUCUCCCCGUCCGGCUUGGAGUCGGUCCCUGAGCGGGCUGAGCCCACUCCCACUGAGCUCCCUGUGGCCAACCAUGUGGUGGACACUGGCUUUGUUGAGGAGGUCGCUUCGCCUGUAGCUGAGGAGACUUCAAAUACUCCGGAUGAGGAUGCAGGUUUGGAGGAGAAGCCCCCAGAAGCAGAAGAACCAGAGGCCCCUGCCAAGGAAAUGCAGCAGCUGGAGAUUGCAGUCGAGGAGGAAAAGGAAGUCGACACAUCGGAGGUUCCAGCCAAUCCACAGGGCACCGAAGUGGGUUCAGAGGUCACUGAGGCUCCUCACGAAGAGAACAUGAGUGCUGUGGAGGAGUCAAACGCACCCAUGCAGGAGGAGAAGGAGGAGGAGGAGGAGGAGAAGGAAGAGGAGGAGAAGGAAGAGGAAGAGAAGGAGAAGGAAGAGGAGGAGAAAGACCGCUACAAAAAUCUCACGGUGACCCUGACACUACCGGAGCAAGAAAAAGUUGUUCCAAAGACGGAAGAUGAUGAGAAGCCCACAGAGAAGGAGAAGCUGAACGCAGAAGAUGAGAAGACGGUUCCAGACAAAGCCAAGGAUGACAAAGAGAGAGAUUCUGACUCGGGGGGCAGCUCAGCUGCAGAUAACAGCAGUGUCGACCUCAAUCUGUCCAUCUCAAGCUUUCUGUCCAAGACAAAGGAGCCGGGAUCUGUUUCCAUACAGGACAACAAGCGCCAGAAGAAGACGUUGAAAAAGACUCGCAAAUUCAUUGUGGACGGCGUGGAAGUUAGUGUGACUACAUCAAAGAUCAUCACUGAUAAUGACACCAAGAACGAGGAGAUGAGGUUCCUGAGACGCCAGGAGCUGAGGGAGCUGCGUUUCCUGCAGAAGGAGGAGCAGAGGGCCCAGCAGCAGCUCAGCAACAAGCUGCAGCAGCAGAAGGAGCAGAUCUUCCGGCGCUUUGAGCAGGAGACCACGAGCAAGAAGCGCCAGUACGACCAGGAGGUGGAGAACCUGGAGCGGCAGCAGAAGCAGACCAUCGAGAGGCUGGAGCAGGAGCACACCAACCGGCUCAGGGACGAGGCCAAGCGCAUCAAAGCCGAGCAGGACAAAGAGCUGUCCAAGCACCAGAACAUGCUGAAGAACCGCAAGAAAGAGGAACAAGAGUUCCUUCAGAAGCAGCAGCAGGAUCUGGACACGGCUCUGAAGAAGAUCAUCCAGCAGCACAAACACGAGCUGGCCACCAUCGAGAGGGACUGCCUCAACCACAAGCAGCAGCUGCUCCGAGCGCGGGAGGCUGCCAUGUGGGAGCUGGAAGAGCGCCAUCUGCAGGAGAAACACCAGCUGUUCAAGCAGCAGCUCAAAGACCAGUACUUCAUGCAGAGACAUCAGCUGCUGAAGAGACACGAGAAGGAGAUGGAGCAGAUGCAGCGCUACAACCAGCGUCUGAUCGAGGAGAUGAAGAACAAGCAGACGCAGGAGAGAACCAGGCUGCCCAAGAUCCAGCGCGGCGACGCCAAGACCCGCAUGGCCAUGUUCAAGAAGAGCAUCCGGAUCACCGGAGCCGCCAUCACCCCGGAGCAGGAGAGGGAGAAGGUCAAACAGUUUGCAGCCCAGGAAGAGAAGAGGCAGAAGAACGAGAGGCUCCAUCAGCAUCAGAAACAUGAAAACCAGAUGAGAGACCUGCAGCUGCAGUGUGACGCCAACAUCCGAGAGCUUCAGCAGCUCCAGAAUGAGAAGUGCCACCUACUCAUUGAACACGAGACCCAGAAGCUGAAGGAACUGGACGAGGAGCACAGUCAGGAGCUCAAGGAGUGGAGGGAGAAGCUACGGCCGAGGAAGAAGGCCCUGGAGGAGGAGUUUUCCAGGAAGCUGCAGGAACAGGAAGUGUUCUUUAAGAUGAGCGGCGAAUCAGAGUGCCUUAACCCCUCCAGCCAGAGCCGCAUCUCCAAGUUCUACCCAAUCCCCACUGUCCACUCCACAGGCUUCUAGCUCACGUGCACGAUGAACACACACACACACACACCGUACAGACUGAACCGAGCUGCCUUGCCCUCUUCCUCCGGAGGCUGUGGGAAGCAUUUCUAUCUCUGGACUUCUCUGCACACUCUUUUUGUUUGUGUCGGCAUAUUUUCAAACUACUAACAGAUAUUUUGAAGGAUAAUUUCAUAUUCAGUGUUUCCUUGAAGUAGCCCUUCCGUAAGUUAUAGUUUUUUAUGAAGACUCCGGUGCCUGUAGAGCUAAUUUUGUUUGAUUGUGAAAUUCAUAAUUUACUGCAUCCUUCGUUUAGCCGUUUGUACGGAGGCUCUGAAAAGCAAACGAGACGGGCGAUAUCACGGUGAUCCAGGCUGUUUGUCACUUAACGAGGUGGUCGAAGUGUUGUGAGUAGACAGUCGGCACUGGUUGCUAAGCGAUGCUAAGGUACGAAGGUUUCCACCAGCCAAAAAAGAAAAGUGCCUCCACCCCGAGGCACAUAAACACUGGAGAUCAGACCUCCUCUCACUUGCCUCUCAAGGCUUCCAUACAUUUGAAAUCAAAAAAGCAUUUUAUACAGCUUAAACAAUUUGUGGAUUUCUUUAUAAUUUCUAUUUGAUGAUUACAAAUCUUAGUAUUCGGCUAAAGGAGACUGAUCCUGUUGUUCAGCUGAGUCCUGCUGAAGGAAUGAUUCCGUAUAUUAGAUGAAAUCCUCGAUGGGCGUGUUAGACGUUUAGCGUGUGAUGAGUAGCGCUGGCACUAGCGUGACCUCACAGCGGCUUCAGGGACACAGUUCCUCCUUUCAGGGCCUUUCUCAGCACGCAGCAGAGACGAACAUCCGUGGGUCUGCUUUCCUUUCUUUAGCUGCCAACCCGUUGUUCUAGUCAAGCGAAAGAGAUGCAUGUUUCAUUGACUUUGGAAGUUAUGUAACGUUAAAGAAUUUGUGUUGGUGAAACAUGGUGAGCAAAUCCAACCAGCUCUCCUUUCAUCUUCUUAUUGAAAAACUGUUUGCAUGUCCAGCUAGCUAAUAGCCUUCAUAAUGAGUACAUCAUGUGUUCUGCUGUGUGACUCUGAAGAAACUACCAGCGUUUAGUUUAUAACGCCGCGUUGAUGCAGAUAGGAACUGGACUGGUGAUCGGUUGAUCCCAUCGUCUCGUUUUCUUCCUGAUUGGCUACUAAAAAGUUGAAAUACUGAACCAGCGGACAAAGAUUGCAGCUCCUCCAGAACUUUCUCUGCAGCACCGUGUUCACUCCUUCUACACACAAAAGGGUCAAUGGAUGACGUUCUGAAUGAAAACUAUGAUAUCCAUAUCAAAAUCCUGAUGUUUAUUAAAAUAAAUGUCUGUUUUCUUAGAUGUGUCAUGUCGAUGUUCAUAGUGCUGUAAAUAAAACAUGUUUUCUCUG